AUGGCUGGAAAUAUUGAGCACCAUAUCCAAAAUACCUUGCUACAAGCAACAAAGGUAAUGGAAGAGCAGAUCGAUUCAGAGAUUGAAAAACUGGACCGUAUGACUUCGGACGAAAUGGAAGAGCUUCGUGAAAAACGGUUAGAGCAACUGAAAAAACAAGAGCAGCAAAAACAGGAGUGGCUUCACAAAGGACACGGCCAAUACAACGAGAUUCCGGGAGACAAAGAAUUUUUCAAGGAAACAAAAGACAGUCCCAGAAUCGUGUGCCAUUUCUUUCGCGACAGCACUUUUCGUUGCAAGAUAGUUGACAAGCAUUUGGCACUUUUGGCACCGAAACACAUCGAAGCAAAAUUUGUCAAAGUGGACGCUGAACGGUGUCAUUUCCUUGUAGAAAGAUUAAAUAUUAAAGUCCUGCCGACCAUUCUGCUUAUCAAAGAUGGUAAAUUCCUCGAUCGUAUCGUGGGGUUCGAUGAGUUAGGAGGUCAUGAUGAAUUCAGCACCGCGAUGAUGGAAUGGAGAAUAGCGCGCUCUGGUGUUAUUAAUUACUCUGGGGAUCUGAGUGUACCACCUGAUCAGGCUAACAAGAAAAGUUCCACAACGAUAUUAAAGAAAUCAAUCCGGAGCAGAAGAGAUAUGGACGACGAUGAAGAUUCUGAGGAUGAUGAUUAA